GCUUAAACCCCAUUUUCCUCAGCAGCUUAUCUCUUUUUUUUCCCUGGGAAUUUCAAAUUUUUGUUCUCGUCGCCCCCAGAUUUUCUCGGGAAUCUGUCGGGUGAAAUCUGCCAUGAUUCUCCAAACGGCUUUAUCUCUACCCACACCUACUUCUACUACUACUAGUAGUAUUCUGUUUUCUCGCAGCUCUCCUCACCAGCUCAACACUCUCUUCUUCACUAACCGACGCCGUCGAUUAAUUUCCCCGUCCCGCUUAAAUUCAAGUUUCUCGAAACGUAGAUUCUCUUUCUCUGUUGCUGCGUCAGGAAAUGAUGUGUUUACUUCACCCGAGACAUCCAAGACCUUUGAUUUUUCCUCGGAGGAGAAAAUAUACAAUUGGUGGGAGUCGCAAGGGUACUUCAAACCAAGUUUUGACAAAGGAGGCAGCCCUUUUGUGAUACCAAUGCCACCUCCUAAUGUUACUGGUUCUCUCCACAUGGGCCAUGCUAUGUUUGUCACUCUUGAGGAUAUUAUGGUUCGAUACAAUAGGAUGAAAGGUAGGCCAACACUUUGGCUUCCUGGGACCGAUCAUGCUGGUAUUGCCACUCAGUUGGUCGUGGAAAAGAUGCUAGCGUCAGAAGGCAUUAAGAGGGUGGAUUUAGGUAGAGAUGAGUUUACCAAAAGAGUCUGGGAAUGGAAGAAGAAGUAUGGCGGAACCAUCACAAAUCAGAUUAAAAGACUGGGCGCUUCUUGUGAUUGGAGUAGAGAGCGCUUCACUCUUGAUGAGCAAUUGAGUCGAGCUGUGGUCGAGGCUUUUGUGAAGCUUCAUGACAAGGGGUUGAUAUAUCAAGGAUCUUACAUGGUCAACUGGUCCCCUAAUUUACAGACUGCUGUUUCGGACUUGGAAGUAGAAUAUUCAGAGGAACCUGGGUUUCUAUACCAUAUUAAAUACCGUGUAGCUGGAAGUCCUGAUUUUCUUACUAUAGCGACGACUCGUCCAGAGACAUUGUUUGGUGACGUGGCCCUUGCCGUGCAUCCUGAGGAUGAUCGUUAUGCAAAGUAUGUUGGUGAGACAGCAAUUGUACCUAUGACAUAUGGUCGUCAUGUGCCAAUUAUUUCUGAUAAGUAUGUUGAUAAGGAUUUUGGUACUGGUGUUCUGAAGAUAAGUCCUGGGCAUGAUCACAAUGAUUAUCUUCUUGCAAGAAAGCUAGGUCUCCCCAUUCUGAAUGUGAUGAACAAGGAUGCAACACUAAAUGACGUUGCUGGCUUGUUUUGUGGCCUUGACCGGUUUGAGGUGAGGGAGAAACUAUGGGCAGAUCUUGAGGAGACAGGUUUAGCUGUUAAGAAGGAGCCUCAUACUUUACGAGUUCCAAGAUCUCAACGUGGUGGAGAAGUUAUUGAGCCACUUGUAAGCAAACAAUGGUUUGUCCACAUGGAUCCUUUAGCUGAGAAGGCUCUUCUUGCUGUAGAGAACAAAGAACUUACCAUCAUACCUGAGAGAUUUGAGAAGAUAUACAAUCACUGGCUGACAAAUAUUAAGGAUUGGUGCAUAAGCCGGCAGCUGUGGUGGGGGCAUCGCAUACCAGUUUGGUAUGUGGUUGGAAAGGAUUGCGAAGAGGACUACAUAGUUGCUAAAAAUGCUGAAGAAGCCCUUGAGAAAGCCCAUGAGAAGUAUGGAAAAGAUGUUGAAAUAUAUCAGGAUCCAGAUGUUCUUGACACCUGGUUUUCCAGCUCACUGUGGCCAUUUAGCACUCUUGGCUGGCCUGAUGUAUCAGCGAAGGAUUUCAGUAACUUCUACCCUACGAAUAUGUUAGAAACAGGGCAUGACAUACUAUUUUUCUGGGUAGCAAGAAUGGUUAUGAUGGGAAUAGAAUUUACAGGGACCGUUCCAUUUUCUCAUGUCUAUCUUCACGGACUUAUACGGGACUCUCAAGGGAGAAAAAUGUCAAAAUCUCUGGGGAAUGUGAUUGAUCCGCUUGACACAAUCAAAGAUUUUGGCACUGACGCUCUGAGAUUUACGAUCGCACUAGGAACUGCUGGUCAGGAUCUGAACUUAUCUACUGAGAGAUUAACUGCAAAUAAAGCAUUUACCAACAAACUGUGGAAUGCUGGAAAGUUUGUGCUGCAUAGUCUCCCUAGUUUAAGUGAUACAUCUGCUUGGGAGAAUUUGCUGGCCCUCAAGUUGGACAAAGAGGAAACCUUACUUAGUUUACCCUUGCCUGAAUGUUGGGCGGUGUCAAAACUCCAUAUUCUCAUUGACUCCGUCACAGCAAGCUAUGAGAAGUUGUUCUUUGGGGAUGUAGGAAGAGAAACAUAUGAUUUCUUUUGGAGUGACUUUGCUGAUUGGUAUAUUGAAGCCAGCAAAUCUCGACUGUAUGGAUCUGGAGGCAAUUCAGUUUCUCUAGCUUCUCAGGCAGUUUUGUUAUAUGUCUUCGAGAAUAUACUUAAGCUGUUACAUCCAUUUAUGCCGUUUGUAACCGAGGAUCUAUGGCAGGCACUUCCCUACAGGAAAGAAGCGCUCAUUGUGUCUCCAUGGCCACAAAAUUCACUUCCAAGGAAUGUUGAAUCAAUAAAAAGAUUUGAGAAUUUACAAGCUCUGACUAGAGCAAUUCGAAAUGCACGAGCAGAGUAUACAGUGGAACCGGUAAAGCGUAUAUCUGCCGCAGUUGUUGGAAGUGCAGAAGUUAUUGAAUAUAUUUCGAAAGAGAAGGAGGUGUUAGCUCUUCUAUCAAGGCUUGACUUAAACAACGUCCAUUUUACCAAUGUCCCUCCUGGUGAUGCAAAUCUCUCAGUCCACCUUGUAGCCAGUGAAGGACUAGAGGCAUAUCUACCUCUUGCCGCCAUGGUUGAUAUAUCUUCUGAAGUCCAACGCAUAUCCAAACGUCUGUCCAAGAUGCAAACUGAAUACGACGCCCUCGUAACUCGCCUCAGUUCACCGAAGUUUGUGGAGAAAGCUCCAGAAGAAGUGGUGAGAGGUGUAAAGGAGCAAGCAGAAGAAUUAGAAGAGAAGAUAAAGCUGACCAAAGCUAGGCUUGAUCUUCUCAAGUCUACUUCUUUAGUGUCUCAGUAAAUUAAAAAAUCUCUCAGGUAAUUAUUAUAUACUCUCGCGUUUUGACCCGGCACAUAACUUUUAGUGAUGAUCGAUCAUUUGAAGCUCUCUGAGGCUAUUUGUCCAUUAAAUUUUACCCAUAACUACAAUUAAUUUUUCCUUUUUUUAGGGACCCCAAAUUUAGCUUCAAAAUCUACCCCCAGAAAUAAUCAAUUGUCAACUUUUUUA